GGGAAGGUAAUGAUGGAGUAUAUUGGAGCAACAGGCAAACCAAUAACAUUUGAUGAUGUUCCAAUUGAUGAGGGAAUUGACUUUCAUUUCAUUCUUAGUUUUGCUAUUGAUGCUGACUCUUUAGGGAACCCACAAAAUGGCAAAUUCUCACCUUAUUGGGCAUCAACCCUAACGCCAGAAUCAGUUGCAUCAAUUAAAUCCAAAUACCCUAAUGUCAAAGUCUUGGCUAGCCUGUCUGGUUGGAGUAUAGGUUCAAAAGUCCUUAACUGGUACAAGCCUAUUGACACUCAACAAUGGCUAUCAAAUGCAUUCACUUCCCUCAAAUCAAUUGUCAACACAUAUCACCUUGAUGGCAUUGACAUUGACUAUGAGAGAUUCCCAAAACACAAUGAAACUUUCUCUUAUUGCAUAGGAGAAUUAAUAACUUUCCUGAAGAACCAAAGUGUUAUAUCUAUAGCAACUAUUGCACCAUAUUAUAGAACAAUUUUGCCAUACAUAGAGUUAUACAAAAACUAUGGAGAUUCAAUUGACUAUGUAAAUCAUCAAUUUUAUACAGAUAAAGUUACUACACCAAAAGGUUAUUUGAAGGCUUUUGUUCUAAGGAGUGAACAAUUUGAUAAAGAGAAAGUAAUUCCUAGCUAUGAAGUGGAUGGAAGAGGAAUUCAAGGUGAUGCAUUUUUUGAUGCUUUGAAAUUAUUGGAAAGUAAUGGAUUUCAUGUUAAUGGUGCAAUGAUAUACUCUGCUGAUGCUUCCUCUGAGGAUAAUUACAUUUACGAGAGGAAAAUUCAAGCAUUCUUGUUAAAUUCUACUAGUGUAUGA